ACACGCCUACCGUGAUUUUUGUUGAGUUCGCGAAGCAUGUAAACACUGUCAGUCCCUCGCUCACUUUUUCUAUCUGGCCGUCUAGAAUCGGGUCAUGAUGAUGAGGUCCUGCUGUAUUUACACUGUGGGUGUUCUGUCUAUUCUGCUGUUAAUCUGCGGAAUCGCGAUGGUUCUGUCACAAGUCUUUGAGAACCUAAUAAACAACAGGGUAAAACAGGAAAUCGUUCUGGUGAAUGGAACAGAUGCGUUCUCAGUUUGGCAAAACCCUCCACCGCCGGUUUACAUGCAGUUUUACUUUUUUAAUCUGACCAAUCCUGCAGAGGUUCUGGACGGGUCCAAACCCUCCGUCGUACAGAUCGGACCGUACACAUACAGGGAGUAUCGACCGAUGGAGGAAGUGACCUUUUUGGAUAACGGAACGAAAGUGGCAGCCAUUAAUCCAAAGACAUACGUGUUUGAGCCUAAUAUGUCACGUGGCUCAGAGGACGACAUCGUCCGAACCGUCAACAUACCUGCUGUGACAGUGAUGGAGAGAUUCAAAGAUGCUGUCAUCAUGAGUCGGAUUAUCCAUGACUUGAUGUUAUCAAAGGGAAUCGGUGUGUUUGGGACUUUUCGGGUGGGUGACCUGCUCUGGGGUUAUGAAGACCCUCUGCUCAAAGAUCUAAAGAAAUUUGUCCCAACCCUAGAUGACAACUUUGGACUUUUUUACAAGAAAAACGGCACCAGUGACGGAGAUUAUGAGUUUUUGACGGGGACGCAGAACUAUAAGGAUUUUGCUCGUAUAGACAAGUGGAACGGACAGAGUUCAUUAAACUGGUGGAGCACUGAUUCCUGUAACAUGAUCAAUGGAACUGAUGGAGCCUCCUUUCAUCCAGUCAUCACUAAGACGGAGAAACUCUUCAUAUUUUCUUCUGAUCUCUGCAGAUCUCUGUAUGCAGAGUAUGAAUCAGACGUGAGCGUACAAGGACUCCCCGGCUUUCGCUUCGUUCCUCCCAGUGAGGUUUUUGCCAAUAUCACCAUUAAUCCGGAUAACGCUGGGUUCUGUGUUCCUAACGGGACCUGUCUCAGUUCUGGUCUGCUCAACGUCAGCGUGUGUAAAGAAGGAGCUCCCAUCAUCAUGUCCUCCCCUCAUUUCUAUCAGGCUGAUGACAAAUACGUCCAGGAUGUUUUUGGAAUGAACCCCAGGAAGGAGGAACAUGAAACAGCCAUUGACGUAAACCCGCUCACUGGACUUCUACUCCAGGCUGCGAAGCGUCUUCAAGUGAAUGUCUAUCUGGAGAAGAUGUCUGCGUUCAGUCAAACAGCGAAUAUCAUGACGUUGGUCUAUCCAGUGAUGUACAUUAAUGAGAGUGUUGUUAUUGAUGAAGAAUCUGCAGAAAAGCUGAAAGUUGUUAUUACUGAGGCUAAAGUUGUCAUCAAUGUCCCCUUCAUCGUGAUUGCUCUUGGCAUCAUACUGGGUGUGGUCUUUAUAGUGAUCAUAUGCAAACAGAAAGUCCCAGAGAGCUCAGCAGAUGAACGUCAGCCCCUGAUCACAUCAUAAUCUCCAUGAGAAACAGCCCAAACUUCACCACGACUCACAUUUCUGUAGACUUUAAGGUAGAUUUCACAGCACACACAGCAAGAGUCUGGGCUUCAGUUCAGCCAUCACACAAAUCAAAGUCAAAAGUUUGACUGGUGUCACCUGGUCGAGUCAGAUUUGCCAUCAAUGAAGUUCUUUUAAAUGUGUUUUAUAUGACUGAACCAAGUCAAACCGGCUUAUUUUACAGUUUUAUUGUUGUGAUUUAACAUGUUAAACAUCACACAUCUAAUAAUGUUCUUAUACGAGUCUCUAUGUGUCUAAAAAAUCAUUUCAAAACUAAUGCAACAUUUAUUCUGCUUUAUAUAAGUGUGACUUAUGAGCCGGUGUUUGAAAAUCACUAAAUUCAUGUUUAUAUUCUGCUGCUGUGCGGAUUCUCACUACACUUAAUUUGAUGCCAUGAUGUAGAUUUGUAUUUGUUUUGUCAUGUAAAGUUUUCUUCUUUAAUGUUAAAGCAUUAACUCCUCAAAUGCAUCUGUAACAUUUUAACUCUAAAAGUUUGAUAUACAAGUUCUCAAACUAAACAUCUCACUGUAACUGUGUGUUUACAUCAGACGUGAAUAAAGCGAAUAAAUCAAACUAUUCGCGUGUAGUUGUACGCUUGAACACUUCAUUUGCGCGUGAAAUUCAGACGUGAAUACGCUCAAUUUGCUGGCUUUAGCUAGCUUGUAGUCUCAAUAUGUAUAUAUAGCUCUCAAAUUGAGUAAAGAGUGUUUCUUACAACUUGUCCGACCUCCUCACUCAAUUUCUUUUCUUUUAUUCCUAUUUUUAUAAAAGUACGAAGAAGUGUCGUACAGCUCUGGGUGUCCAUUGUUGUUGUUUCAUAUUUCUGUCUCAGCUCGCUACGCCGUUUGCACUCUGUGCUGCUCAAAGUGAUGCUCGGAGCUCCAUUCCUCUGUGGGUGUGCGAGGCUAUGCUUUUUAUUGGUUGUUGCGUUAAAUCUUACCCAGAUACAACAGUCCUAUUUUCUGAUUGGCUAUUGUGUAGCCUCUUUCUUUAUUUUUUGAUUGGCUGAUAGGACUCCAGGGGAGACGGGCUUGAUAGAGAGAGCGGUGCGGCCAGAUACAUUUUGAGCGCUGAAGCAUAUAAAAUAUAUGAUAAAUAGGUUUUAGUGUGGCCGGAGUGCAUGACUACAGACUGAAAGCACGGCUAUAAUCAGACCAGCCCUCGCAGCCUUAAAACACUACCGGCCCGCCGGGAAAAGUCCCGACUCUCCCGAUUGCCACUCCGCCACUGAUUGCAAGUUAUUUGCGUGAAUCGCGUCAUUUGCACCGCCUCAAUCGCACUCUAUCGCGUCUUUGCAUUGACUUAACAUGUAAAUCACUCGCACUUAACGCUUUAUUCGCGUCUGGUGUGAACGCAAGAGAAUAUUGAGAUCAAGUCUUUUAUCUGCAACUAAUGUCUAAAAUGACUUCAUUGACAUUUCAAGUUUCUUUAUAUUGUAAGUUGCUAAUGAAUGCAAUAUAUAGUCAGUGAUGUUUAUCUGGGACAGUAUUACUACAGUAUUGAGAGAAGAUAUUAACAUGAAUGUAUGGUACUGUAUUCCUCACAAUAUCUCAAAUUCAUUCAUUCAUUAUAAUGCACUGACAUUAUCACACUAUUACCACAACUCCUCACCUCUAACACCGUUGUGUUUUUGUAAAUAUUACUAAGAGAGUUUUAAUUUAUCAAACCUCAAUAAACAUGAUUUUACCCAUUAACCAUUCAUUCAACUCACGCUGAAUUUGAUCGUUUUUAAAACAUUUUCCAAUCCAUUUAUUUCAGCAUUGUCAUCUGAGCUUCUUAUUUUCUUAAAAAAAUAUAUUGCACUGUCAAUGUAACAAAAUAAUGACAACAUGUGAACAAAAAAAUAAAUGUUACAACAUCUUA